CCACAUUUCAGAUUUAGUAGCCACUCAAUGGAGAGAGAGAACUGUACUCUUAUCACGGAGUUUUUUCUCCAGGGUUUCUCCAGCUUCCGUGAGCACCAGCUCACUCUUUUUGCCAUGUUCCUGGUGCUGUACGCCUUCACCCUGGCAGGCAACGUCAUCAUCGUGACCAUUAUCCGAACUGAUCGUCACCUCCACACGCCCAUGUACUUCUUCCUAAGCAUGCUGUCCACUUCAGAGACUGUGUACACACUGGUCAUUCUCCCAAGGAUGCUCUCCAGUCUCGUGGGUAUGAACCGAUCCAUCUCAUGGGCAGGCUGUGCCACACAGAUGUUCUUUUUUGUAACCUUUGGCAUCACUAACUGCUUCCUGCUCACGGCAAUGGGCUACGACCGCUAUGUGGCCAUCUGCAACCCCCUGAGAUACUCAGUUAUUAUGAACAAGAGAGAGUGUGUCCAGCUGGUGUGGGGUGCCUGCAGCAUUGGGCUGAUUGUAGCUAUGACGCAAGUGACAUCUGUGUUCAGGUUACCUUUCUGUGCCACAAAGGUGGCCCACUUCUUCUGUGACAUCCGACCUGUGAUGAAGCUCUCCUGCAACGACACCACAGUCAAUGAGAUCCUGACUGUGAUCAUCAGUGUGCUGGUGCUCGUUGUUCCCAUGGGACUGGUCUUCAUCUCCUAUGUCCUCAUCAUCUCCACCAUCCUCAAGAUCCCCUCUGCCCAGGGCCGGAAGAAGGCCUUCACCACCUGCGCCUCCCACCUCACGGUGGUCAUUGUCUACUAUGGCUGUGCCUCCAUUGCCUACCUCAAGCCCAAGUCCGAAGAUACCAGGGAUCAGGAUCAGCUGAUCUCAGUGACCUACACCGUCAUCACCCCCCUGCUGAACCCUGUGGUGUACACCCUGAGGAACAAGGAGGUCAAGGAUGCUUUGCUCCAGGCCACUGGCAGGAAGCUUUCCUGA